AUGUCGUCCAGUGCCCCUGCUGCCGUGGAAAUGCGGGGCUGUGAUGAAGCCGGUCCGCGAAAGAUGAGUCACCGCACGAAGCACCGCAAGGAAGUGAAGCGCUAUCACCAGCGGCAGCAGAACAAGCACCUGCGCGAGGAGGCCAAGGCAAGAGACGCGCAGCUGUUUCUGUUUGAAACCACAGAGCUGGUGGCGAGGAGUGCGGAGCAGACGCGGGACAAUGUGCACGACGCCCCGGUGGAGACGGUGCUAACCUCUUCCGCUCUGAUGACGGUCGCACAAAAGGGCGCCGCGGUGGCGUCCAUCGCAGCUGGCAGCCAGCCGCCUCGACCCACUUCUGAGCAGCACCUCCACCAACAGGUCCAGCUCGCUCCAGCAUCGACUACCAGUGCCGCUGCAGCCGUCACCUCCGCUCAUGCCUUGACCUCGGCUUCCCCAUCCAGCUGGGAUUUCGAGUUUUUGCUGCGCGCGUCGCCAGCGUCUACCUCGGCUGCCUCGUCGCCGGCAGAAUGCAGCGGUGUUGACUCGUGCGCUACCGAUGCCGUGGCCCUGUCGACGAUAGAGGAUGCAACGGCGUGUCGCAGCCUGAGCGUGCUAGAGCCGCUCCAGUCGCCUGCAGUCGUGAGCGCGGUGCAGCGUGGACGUGUGGCGCUUCCUGCGGCCGCGUCACGAGACUUGCAAAUCUCCGCCACCACCGCGUCGGGUGACCGGUUGCCGCCGGAGUCGUGCGCCCCGCAGCACUCCAACGCUCGCCCCUCGGCGAACUGGGAUCGGAUCAGCGCGCUCCCCAUCUACAGCGGUGCGUCUUCCACCAUCACGAAGCUGCUAAAUAGUACCCAUGUGCAGCGCGUGGAGGGGGUGGAGGCGAUCCCGAUGCAGGCUCCUCUCGCGCCGGGCACUGACAUGAACCGGCCGCCGCGCAACUACUUGACGCUCGACCCCGUCCACAACGUCCACCAGCAUGCCCCUGGUUUUUUGCGCAAUCAACGGGUGGCGCUUCAGCACAUGCUGGCAAGCGCUGUGAUGGAGUGGAAGGACAUGCAGCAGAACGCCCUCAUCGUGUCCAGCGCAGAGGCGAUGCGCACCAUCUUUGAGCAGGUCUACGUUCCGGAGCGUCCUUUGGCGCUCCGCGUGCAGCGCAUCGGCCCGACGCUGGUGAUCGACUCGCGUGCGUCGGAGCCGUCUGAGGUGCACGAGAUGCGUCAGCAGGCCCUCUUCGGCAAGGCUCUGUACCUCAUGAAGGAGACUCACGGGCAAGCCACCGUGGAGGCAGACGAAACAGCGGCGGGCGCGGCGGGUCAGCUGGCGCUGGCCCUGCCAGAACGGCGCCUCUCCAGCACGGCCGCGUCCGACGUACACUUCGGAGCGAACUUGCACCGCUACUCGCAGGUGCUGCGCUGGCGCAUGGACGCGACCGAGGUGCUCAUCGGCAUCGACGCCCCCAUCGUCAUGGACCAGCGCACGAACACCGAGCAGCUUGUCCGGAUGAAAGGGAAGGUGCCGGUCGGCCCCGCCGAUGCCGAGCAGCGCGAGACACUCCGCUGCUGGUUCGACGCAAUGAUGGCGAACGUGUCACAGGUGGGGACGUACGUGCACCACGACGGCAUCGUGCAGAGUCAUCAAGUGAAGAAGACAAUGGACAUACUCGACUCGGUGGAGGCGCGCAUGGCGGCGGCGGCGCUCAGCUUCACGAGUCGCGCUCUGCAGUGGCUCGUGAAGAAGUGCCGCCGUGACGGCGGCACGUACGCGGUGGUGCGCGACUACCCCUUGGAGUAUGUCGAGCUGUACGAGUUGCCGGACCUCGACGACUCCGCCGCCUUUGUGGAGGAGACGGACAAGUACUUUGGAUGCGCCGCCGCCGCCGCCUUCGCGUCCGCCGACCGGGAUGCAGCGGGGCGGGUGGCAGAUGGGGAGGCAUACAUCGAGAGCGAGGUGCCGGCAACAACGUCAUCAGGGUACCGCAUUGGCGGCCCCCCAACUGCAUCCCAGCUCAACCGCUUCAACUGGAACUUUGGAAAGACGUGCUUCAACAUUGGCCAGCACCUUUUCCGCAGCGGUGACCUCAGCAGAGCCAGCGACGCGCUGCCGCUACUGCACCGCAGCCUGCGCCUUCUGCUGCCGUCUUGCCGCGAGGACCUCGCCGCACGCGAAACAGUGGCGGAGCUGGUGAGGAUGGUGCCGGCGUUGGUGGCGCGCAAGCUGCAUGCGGACGCUGCGCAGACGGCAGCCGCUGUCGCCUCCAACAGCGCGGCAGGCUGCCCCAAGAAUGCUGCUGCCAGCUGUGUCGCUGGCUUGUGCUCGUCGCCGGAGGUCUACCGAGACGCGCUGCUGCUGUGUGGGCGCUUUGAGAUACCGCUGCGGCACAUGCUUGUCGAGGCUGGGACGUGGGAGGGCGGCCAGUUGAUGAGGGCCUUCUUUGCCCGGUGCCUGGUCGUGUGCAGUGCCGCUGCGUGUGCCGUGGUGGCGCUGUCGCUGGAGGCGUACUACUGCGGCUGCCACCACCUGCGUGCGCUACGCAUGGCGCGCAACGAGGUGAAAGCGAAGGAGGGCAAGGCGGCGCUGCGCGGUGUGGCGCAUCGGGAGGAGGUCAUGGCGGCCAUAUCGUCGUGCACGCAGGACCUUCUGCAGGUGGUCGUCGAAGGACUCGUGCGGCUGGAGGAGGCGAGCGAGCUCGUGGGACCUCUGCACUCGGCAGCCGCAGCGGCCUUAGCAGAGGCGCCGACUGGCACGUGCACUACGGACGAAAGCAUCUCGGUGAACGGCGCAACGCCAGUCAGUAAGGAAGACAGGAGCUCCAAGGAGGAGUCGUGCCCCGCCACGUUCCCCAUGGGAUCAUCCAGGGGAUCGCUGACGGAGCGCGGUAGCCAGCCGUCGCCGUCCGCGACGUCACCAGCGCAUACAAGCGAGCCGUCGGAACUCAAGAAGUGCAGCCGCGGCGCGGACAUGGUGGCGGUGUCCGCGUCGUGCUCAGCGGUGCUGGACCCGCGCACACAGGUGGACAUCACCCCUCUCCGCUCCGCUCUCUGCGAGCUGUACGGCGAUGUUGCAGCCGCCGCUAUGUCAGACGCGGCGAGCGGCUUCUCCAUACGUGUACUGACGGAGCUUGGCAGACGCAUGGAGGCGCGGCUGCAGCAGCGCGGCCUCAAGCUGCCCACCACCCUCGUCUGGCUCACAACCCUAAAGGCGGAUGUAGUGAGUCUCUCCUUCACAGCGCUGCGUUUCUACGGGCGGAUUGGCACGCACACACGCCGCCACCUCGUCAAGCUUGCUUUGGUGUACUACCUGGUUGGCAAGGAGCACCACCGCACGGCACGCUACACGAAGGCGCUGGAGGCGUUGCACCGCGCCAAGUCUCUGCUGCACGCCUCUCACAAGGCCGCCGAGGACGCGGUCUUUGGUGCCGUCUUUGGCUCACACGGCAUGCUGCAGUGGGCGGACGUGAUGCAGCUGCUGGGGGACGUGUACCGCAGCGUCGUGGAGCGGAAGCUUGAUGGCGCCCUCGGCGUUGCGGCUGCGACCCUCGCUCAGCCGCUUCUGGUCGGCCCUCUUUACGAGCUGCCUGAGGACGCUGACAGCUUCUUCACGCAGGCCCUGAGCGCCUACACGCAGGGCGGCUCCGACAAAGCCUGCAGGUCUGCAAAGGCGUACACGCUUCUCCUUUAUGCCUCGGUGCUGAUGGAGCGACUUGCAGUCUCAGGCGUCCCAGCGACGCACUCUGCGUCGCAGCACAUUGCGCAGCUCAUACGGGAGGCCGAGGAGCUGGCGCCAAGCACUUUUGCGCAGGAGCGCGAGUGGCAGACGCUCCGCCUCUUCACUGUCACGAGUGCCGCCACGCAAGACACCGCCUUGGCUCGAGCGGUGGAAGAGAUCCUGCUGCGCACCACCACGGCCACUAGUGCUGCUGCAAGCAGCUCACACGUCCGCCAGAGCCUGCCUGCCGCCGUGGCGGGCGGCAGCGAUGAUACUGCAGACGCCUCGGUAGCGAUGAAGGAGUCGCACUUGGCGGAUGCCAAUGUUGCACAGCGCGGUGGCUGUCGCUGGGAACGGUUGGUGACGCUUCCCCCGUGGCCGAUGCUUAUGGAACUACAGAAGGCUCUGGUGUGUUGUGCGAUGGUGGAGCGGGAGGCGUCACAGUCACAGUCGCGACCACGCGAGGCAACAAAGGUUGCAUCCACGGAAGCGAAGUACCGCGGGCUGCUACGGUGGGUGGGUCGCACCGCCGGCUAUCUGACGAGCGUGCUGGAGUACUGCAAAACACGCAGCGGCGAGCUGCAAGGGGCUGCCGCUCGACAUCAGUGGCAGUCGGUACUGCGGUCAUGGAGGGAGCAGGAGCCAUGCUUGUUAAUGCAUCGAAUGGUCUCCAUGAUUGCGCUGCGGCUGCUUGGGGCGGCUCAAGCGCUACUUCCCAGCACUAAGCAGCAGGAGGCGCGUGGCGCCGUCAAGCAGAUUGCCUGCGCUCUCGAUCACGCUGCAACAGUGAAGGCCGGUGGCGCGGAGGGGCACGCGGCAGCCGUUCAGCGGCUUCUUCGGGACCUGAACACGCUGCUGGCACCUUUCGUAGAAUGGUAA